AUAAAAUCAAAAAUCGAUUCCUACUGCAACCGGAAAAGUACAAACGAUUCCUCGAGAUUCUGCAUACCUACCAGAAGGAACAGAAAACGCAUAAAGAAACGGCACAAAGCGGAAACUCGGUGAAUGCGAAGCAGCUAACCGAGGCCGAAGUGUACACCCAGGUAGCAAAGUUGUUUGACAAUCAAGAAGAUUUGCUUCGUGAAUUUGGUCAGUUCCUACCAGACGCCACAGGCUAUCAUAACCAAACAGUGUCCGCCUCGGGAGGAGGUGCAUUCCAUGGUGCUGGCAAGAAUAACAGUCUUUCAAUGGGAUACGAUGCUCAGCAGCAGCCAAACUCGGCAAGUAUAGGAGGAGCCGUAGCAGUCGGUAGUGGAUCGGUCUCUGGCACGAUUGUGCACGGCAGCAAAAAGUUAUCCAACAGCGCUGGCAACGUCGUUGGCAGCACAAUAACGAAUAUUAAUCUAAAGGGAUGCAACAGCUUACAUACAAACUUGAUGCGGUUGCCACAUGAUCGCGACUAUUCUAUGGCAAAUGUCGAAGGAAAAGAUUACGCCGUCGUUUCACCGAGUAUAGGAGGAGCACCGCUUGGUGGUGCAGUAACCAGCAGGGGCAAUAAUUUGGCAGCUGGUGGUGCAAUUCUGUCCGAAAAGGAUCGAAAUCAGAUCGUCGUAAGCGCAGGAGGCGGUGCUGGAAACAUGAAUCAGAAGUACAUUAGCAACGCUUCGAUGGUUGCUUCGAUGGGAGGAGGAAUUACGGGCACUCUCGCUGGUGGAGCAACACUUCCACAAGGACUCUCUGGUUCUAGCAUGGGCGGUCCAAUAAUCGCGAAUAUGUCCAGUGGCGGUAGUGCUGGCGUUAAGAGAUCACCUUCAUGUUCCUCGCAGAUGGUAACGAUUGGAGGAGGUGGUCCCGGUGUCGGGAAUAUGCCCCCUUCUCGCGAUUAUCGAGGAGUGGUAGGAGAUGGUGGAAUAGGAGGCCCACCAUCUGCGAAAAGACAUAAACCGAUUUGCCGCGAUGUUUCCCUGGCCGAAGCGUCUAAAUACGGUACCCUCAAUGAUUACGCAUUCUUCGACAAAGUCCGGAAAGCAUUGCGAAGUCCGGACGUGUACGAGAAUUUCCUGAGAUGUUUGACAUUGUUCAACCAGGAAAUCGUAUCGAAAUCGGAGCUUCAAACGCUAAUUGCGCCGUUUUUAAGUCGCUAUCCAGAUUUGCUGAAAUGGUUCCAAGACUUUCUCGGUCCACCGGGUGGUACAGCAUCUAGCGAAUGCGUUCCACUGUCAGCGGCUGCUGCAGCCGCACAGAGACAAGAGCGGUCACAGAAUGAGCUUGCCACGGAUAUCGAUCUUUCGACGUGCAAACGGCUCGGAGCGAGCUAUUGUGCCCUGCCGAAAUCACAUGAAAAUGUAAAAUGUUCUGGUCGGACCAGCCUGUGCCGUGAUGUACUGAACGAUACCUGGGUUUCUUUUCCCACUUGGUCAGAAGAUUCGACGUUUGUAACGUCUCGCAAGACGCAGUACGAGGAGUUCAUCUAUCGUUGUGAAGACGAGCGCUUCGAGCUGGACGUUGUUAUCGAAACAAAUAGUGCCACAAUACGCGUGCUGGAGGGUGUACAGAAAAAGCUUACACGAAUGUCGCAGGACGAAAUAAGCCGCUUUCGGUUGGAUGAUUGCCUUGGUGGGACGUCACCGACAAUACAUCAGCGCGCUUUAAGGCGAAUAUAUGGCGAUAAGGCGGCGGAUAUCAUUCAAGGGUUGAAGAAAAAUCCUGCCGUCGCCGUGCCAGUGGUGCUCAGGCGGAUGAAGGCCAAAGAGGAGGAAUGGCGCGAAGCGCAAAAGAGUUUUAAUAAACAAUGGCGAGAGCAAAAUGAAAAGUAUUACCUUAAAUCGCUCGACCACCAAGGUAUCAACUUUAAACAGACGGACAUCAAAGCUCUCCGCUCGAAAAGUUUGUUCAAUGAAAUUGAGACACUUUUUGAUGAGGUGAGUUACAUGAAGCGCCACGAGCAAAACGAAGAUCCGAGUGCUUCUACAAUGCAAGGUAGUGGGCCGCACAUGACGAUACCUUACAAAGACAAGACAAUAUUGGAAGAUGCAGCAAACUUGUUAAUACAUCACGUCAAACGUCAGACCGGUAUUCAGAAGCAGGAGAAGGCAAGAAUCAAACACAUGCUGAGGCAAUUUGUUCCCGAUUUGUUCUUUGCACCGCGUCAGCAGCUGAGCGAAGACGAACGAGAAGAAGAUGAUAAAGAUAUGGACGUCGAUCAGGAGGAAGAUGAAUGUAGUGGGGGUAAAUCUUCGAACUCUAAAAGAGUAUCCGGUAGCGGUUCAAGUAGUAAUACUCCCAGUGGUGCUAAUAACACCAAUGAUGGUGUUGCAGAAAUGUCAGCAAUGAAAGAAGAAGUUGGUGACAACACGACCGGGUCGGAGGGCGUUGCAGCAUCCAAGAAAGGCUCUCAUGAGUCCCAAUCUAUGGCAUCUGGGAGUGGGGCACCAACAGCAUCUACCACCGUCACAUCGUCGUCGUCUUCAGCGACGGUGACGUCUUCGAGUGGAGCAGCAAGUACAAAUAACAGUAACUCUAACGAAGAUAACAACGGUAGAAAUGCAACCGGUAGUACCGGAACAAGUACUGCGGAAAGUGAUACGGGAAGCAAAAUGCCAAUAAAAGCUGAAAUUAAGGAUGAGAAUGAUGUGACGUCCCCUACUACGUCGACACAAGAUCAAGCCACUGCCGCAGGUCAGCAGCCGAUGAGUCCACCGUUACCGCCACAUGCAUCUGGCAAACAUAUCGAGGAAGCGUACACUUUAUUUUUUGCUAACAAUAACUGGUAUCUGUUCCUUCGACUUCAUGCAAUUCUUUGUGAACGAUUGCGAACAAUUUACGAACGGGCACAAAUCAUUGCGGCCGAGGAGCGUGCCUAUGAGAGCACACGCAACAACAGCACUGCGACUGCUCUUCGGCUGAAGCCGAAAAGCGAAAUACGCAUAGAAGAGUACUAUAAUACGUUUUUGGAAAUGCUAAAAAAUCUCCUAGAUGGCAACAUGGAGUCGAGUAGCUACGAGGACACACUUCGUGAAAUGUUUGGCAUUCACGCCUAUAUAGCCUUCACGUUAGAUAGGGUUGUGCAGAAUGCAGUUCGUCAGUUGCAACACUGUGUUACGGAACGGGGUGCGCUUGAGUGUGUGGAGUUGUUUCAGACCGAGCAUCGUAAAGGCAGCGUCGGAGGAUUGUGUCGGACUGCUAAUCGUCGGAUUGCUACUGAAUUAGCCUACCAGCGAAAAGCUGAGGCUGCAUUGCAGGAUGAAAAUUGUUAUAAGAUAUACAUUUACAAAAUUGAUUGUCGUGUUACAAUCGAGCUGCUCGAUACAGAAUCGGAGGAUACUACUAACAAUUUUAUCAACUCGCAAGCUUACAACUCCUAUGUUGACCGAAUAUCCAAUCCGGCUGCUGCCGGCACUGGUAGUGACAGUGGGGGUGGUGGGGGCGGUGGAAAUGGUGGAUCUGCCGGAAAUGGCGGCAGCAACAACGGCAGUGGUGGUAGUAGUGGUGGUGUAGGCAGUGGCAGUGUUGGUGACAACACAGGCAGUGAAGCAACCGGCAAUACUGCCAUGGUGCAUUUGGACAGCAACACAAGAAGCAACCAUAAUGUGAACACAUUGGCUUCUCACGGAAAAUGCAGCAUAGGAGGCGACGAUGAACGAUCCAGCGAAACGGCAGUGAAAGUCGAGAAACCCGACGAUGAGCUGCACCGAAGCCAUGCCGUGAUGAAUAGGCCGUUAUUCUUGGCGCGUAAUGUGCAAAUUUUCAAAAACCGUUCCCACAAGAGAUCGCUUACAAUUAAUGGAAAGAAAAUGGCAAAUGCUGCUUGGCCGAUAAUAUCUUCGGAUUCGGAUGACACCGGGGAAGAUACGGGUCGAGCUCUUUCUAAAUCACCUAGGAUUGCACCAAAUGAAAAGUCCAAUUUGCCCCAAAAUUAUUGCGAUGAUGCUGAUGAUGCAACCGCAACGAGCUCCAAUGUAGAGGAAGAGUCCAAAUCCGCAAACGAAAAUGAUUCAGCAACUGACGUGAAAAAGGAGAAGAACAUAUCGCUUGAUAAAAGUGCAUCCAGUAUCACCACAGGAUCAAUAACGAUCAAUGCACUUGGUGGCAGCGGUGCGAACAGCAGCAGCAGCAUCGUUGGAGAAAGCAUGGAAAAAUCUACUGGAAACAUAAACAAUAAUAACAGCAAUAUGAACAAUAACAGCUUGAGCGACACUGCUAGUACCAAGAAGACCGAUAAUUCAUCUUGCUUGGGAAGCAGCAAAAAGUCCUCCACACCAGAACGGUUAUCAUCGGGCAUGAAUGGAUGUCACGAUUUGAUUAUCGAUGAUACGGAGCAGCUGAAGAUGGACAAUCAUUUCAGAUCAUCUAAAGUGCGUAACAAAAAAUUUAACCUCUACCGAUUGGGAUCAUUGAGGCAAGCUAGUAAAACCCACCCGAAAGUGACAAAACGAAUGCAUCAAAAGUUUAAGAAAUUUGUCGAUCAAUGGCUGGAUAGUAAUGUUACUGCGUCGCAGCAAGAUUCCUGCAAUGAUUGGCUGGUCGGAAAGCAACAGAAUCUAAUUCAGAACUUAAAUACCACUGUGGUCGUGCAGAAUAAUGAUCUUAAUCGUACUCCGUAUGUACCGUACAAGCGUUACAAGGUAGAUAAAUCUGAAUUUACGUGAGAUAAUGAUGAGAAAGAAGGCUCAUGUUAUACCUUCAAUCUUGUACCUCAGCAUCGCCAUGGUAUGUGAAUAAGAGAAGCGCUGUAAAAUAGCACGUCGUAGGAAACAAGACCUUUCUAAGGUAUGAUUAAGAAGUUUGUAAUCAUUGGUUGCAUUCUAUUGCAGCAAUCCCUACACUUCAAAUAUACUUUCAAUUUACAUAUAACAUAUACUGUCUCUGCAAAACCGAGCUGAAUCGGUGCAUUGAUUAAUGUUGUUAUACAAAUGAACCACUUAUUUGUUAAAAUAGUUGAAGAAUAGAUAAAAGGACGAUUUAGGCAAAGGUGGACGGUGGCAACAUUGGUAGUUUAAUUUUUAAAUUACAUUCUAAACGCUUUUAAUGAAAAAGAUAGUUCUUCGGAAGAAGCAAUGAAGCCCAAUUACUUUAAUGUUGAUUACAUUUUUAAAUGCUUACGUUAUUUGUGCAUUAUAAAGCUAUGUUGACCGGAUUUCCUAAUGAGAUACAAGCGGAGUAGAAAUGUAACUUUGAUAACUACUAGGAUUUGUUCAAGAAUCGAUUGAAGCGAGGCCUUCGCUCAAGUGUUGCUAAUUCUUAACGCUCCGUCCAGUCGGGAAGUUCUUAAAGUCAAAGCAUAUUAAAUAAGCGGGGGCAUACACUGCUAUAAUGUAUGAAAGAAAGCAAUUGCUGCACGGAGCAGCAAAUUAAGCAUUAAUUAUUUGAAAUCGCAAACGAGUUUAGAGAAAUUUUUAACAAAUAAGUUUGUGAAAUAAAGUUAAACUGACCGAUUAAUUUGAUUACU